CCAAUCUCCAGAGUACUGUAGUACUAUUUUUGUUUGUACUAAGAACCAACCUAUUCACUUGUAAUUGUAAAAGGCCAUUUAUCAUUAUUAUAUUCUUUAUUUUAUCUACUCGUUCAAAACCGUUCAAAGUGUGGGAGUUUCAGGAAGUUUUUGGUGGUGAGGAAGGUAGAAGCAACGGUGUCGUUUUGAACGAUUGUUAUUAAGAUGGUUAAAAAGAUACCUUUUUUUUGCCUUGUCCCUGUUGGGAUUCCCUUUAUACGUUGCUUUUGAGGUCACUUUCUUCUGAUCAGUUCGAAAGUCCGACGAAAAGGGAAAGAAGAAAUAAAAGGCUGUUCCUUGUUUAGGUGUUCAUUUUUAUCUUUGUCGAGGGGAUCAUACUUGCGAGUUUGUUGAGCCCUUUGUCUGUCAUCCGCUAUGAAGUCAUACAAUUGUCCUUUUCCCCUGUCUGAUCCUAAAAGCAGAUAUUGUCUCUGUAGCCUUUUGAUAACGGUGUCUUUGAUUUGUGGUGUUUACUUAAUUGGCGGUGCAUGGCUGCGGAAAGAUUUAUUUAAGUUAGCACCGGGCAUUGGACUAAAAAUGAAACAUCAACCGCAAGACUCGGAUAAAUGUGAGGUCUCGUCUCUGGAUAUAGAAGUUGAUGACAGCACGCAUACUACAUGCCUCGAAAGAUGCAAAGGAGAAUGCAGACCUAUUGGUAGUGAAGCUUUGCCGAAAGGAAUUAUUUCGUCAUCUUCAAACUUGGAAAUGCGCCCUUUAUGGGGACCUGUUUCAGAGGACCUAUUAAAAUCUGUGGGUUACGGUGAAAGUAUAUUGUAUCAGUCCAAGUCAAACCAUGGACCGGGUUUGUUGGCUAUUGCAGUUGGGAUAAAGCAAAAAAGACCGGUGAACCAAAUUGUUAAGAAGUUUCUUGAAAAUGAUUUUGUUGUGAUGCUUUUUCAUUAUGAUGGAGUUGUGGACGGGUGGCAUGAUUUAGAAUGGAGUGAUAGAGUCGUCCAUAUCUCUGCACCAAACCAAACCAAAUGGUGGUUUGCCAAACGUUUUCUUCAUCCGGAUAUUGUUGCUGAAUAUGGAUAUAUUUUUUUAUGGGACGAGGACCUGGGAGUUGAGAAUUUUCAUCCGAGAAGGUAUACAUCAAUUGUAAAGGAAGAAGGUCUUGAAAUUUCACAGCCUGCUCUUGACCGUGGUAAAUCCGAGGUGCAUCACCCCAUCACUGUACGAAGGCGCAAAUCGAGAGUGCACAGAAGAUACCAUAAGUUCAAAGGUGGCGGAAGAUGUGAUGACAACAGUACAGCUCCCCCAUGUGUUGGUUGGGUGGAGAUGAUGGCUCCAGUUUUCUCCCGGGCAGCCUGGCGUUGUGCUUGGUAUAUGCUCCAGAAUGACUUAAUCCAUGCGUGGGGCCUGGAUAUGAAACUCGGUUAUUGUGCACAGGGUGAUCGAACUAUGAAAGUUGGUGUAGUUGACGAGGAGUACAUUGUUCACUUAGGUCUCCCUACACUUGGUGGCUUUUUAGAUGAUAAAUAUAAGUUCAAUGAAGAAUCACAGAAUCAUUCUUCACAUUCAAACAACUCGCUGGAUUUAGAAUCCGUGGCAGGUGAUAAUAUGUACAACCUAAGUAACAGAUCUGCGGUUCGGAGACAAUCGUACACGGAGAUGUUAAUAUUUAAUAAUAGAUGGAAAAAGGCGGUGAAGGAGGACCAGUGCUGGGUUGAUCCAUUUAGACGAUCCACUCAAAGACCCAAAGUCAACUGAAAGCUGCCAUUUUUUCUCAAGACUCUUGGUUGUAUUGGUAAUACUUGUAUUGAACAUUUUAUCAAGCAGCUUUAUUAUUGUGACGAGCUUUAUCCGAGUCGCCAGAGGCUUAACCCAUGCCUGUACAGAUUGUUUUGUCUUGUCUAUUAUGAUUUUCUUUGUUAAAUCCUCAACUCUCC